CACAGACUCUGCUGCAGCUGCUUCGACGGUCGGCUGGAGAUCCUGCCGGUGGAUUUUCGUCUUUCUCUCGUCCCGGGAAACCCUGAGAAGCAGCCGCAGCGUUUAAUGAGCUCCAUUCAUCUGGACCAGCAUGACCGAGGCGAUUUUUCCCGUCUUGUAGACUGACGUAACAAUAUUACAAUGAAAGGAUGCAUUUUCUUGGGCUUCACGAGAGUCUCGGAGCUCGUAUAGUCACCAGGGGGCAUGAACACGUCAAUGCAGCGCGGGAAACAUUUUAACAUCGCAACGUUGUAACGUCGGAUCUGAGGAACGGUCGAAUGGACGCAGGAGCAGCUCCGCGGCUCUUCGUAUCGCUGUAGUUUGUGUUACGGGAGGUUCCUGCUGCCCCCAUCCAUCUCUCCGGCUGUUGUUGUGAAUUGAUCUAACAUGGCGACUGUACCCGUGUAUUGCAUCUGCAGAUUACCUUACGACGUAACCCAGUUUAUGAUCGAAUGCGACGCCUGCAAAGACUGGUUUCACGGCAGCUGUGUGGGAGUGGAUGAAGAUGAAGCACCAGAUAUUGACAUCUAUCACUGUCCUAACUGUGAAAAAACCCACGGCAAAUCCACCUUGAAAAAGAAAAAGAGCUGGAAUAAGCAUGACACAGGGCAGAGCGGAGACGUCAGACCGGUUCAGAAUGGCAGUCAGGUGUUCAUAAAAGAGCUACGCAGCAGAACAUUCCCCAGUUCAGAAGAUGUGGUGGUCAAACUGUCUGGAAGUCAGCUGACAUUGGAAUACCUUGAGGAAAAUGGCUUCAACGAACCAAUUCUCAUCCAGAAGAAAGACGGUUUGGGGAUGGCCAUGCCUGCACCCACGUUUUACGUCAGUGAUGUGGAAAACUAUGUUGGGCCUGAUGUUCUUGUGGAUGUCGUUGAUGUCACCAAACAGACAGACAGCAAGAUGAAGUUAAAAGAGUUUGUUGAUUAUUACUACAGCACAAAUAGAAAGAAAGUAUUAAAUGUGAUCAACUUGGAGUUUUCAGAUGCAAGAAUGGCCAAUAUUGUCGAGAGUCCGCAGAUAGUUCGGAAGUUAUCCUGGGUGGAAAACUACUGGCCUGACGAUGCGCUGUUGGGGAAGCCCAAAGUGUCCAAAUACUGUCUGAUCUGUGUGAAAGACAGCUAUACAGACUUCCACAUCGAGUGUGGAGGAGCCUCUGUGUGGUAUCACGUACUCAAGGGAGAGAAAAUCUUCUUCCUGAUCAAGCCCACGUCUGCCAACCUUUCCCUGUAUGAGCGCUGGAGAUCCUCCUCCAACCACAGUGAGAUGUUUUUUGCUGACCAAGUGGACAAAUGUUACAAGUGCACACUCAAACAAGGGCAAACUCUAUUCAUUCCAUCAGGAUGGAUCAAUGCAAUACUCACUCCUGUAGACUGCUUAGCCUUCUCUGGGCAUUUCGUCCACAGUUUAAGUGUAGAGAUGCAAAUGAGAGCAUAUGAGGUGGAAAAAAGACUCAAAGUUGCCAGCCUCACUCCUUUUUCAAACUUCGAAACAGCAUGUUGGUAUGUGGGGAAAUACUACCUGGAGCAGUUUAAAGGUUUACACAAGGCAAACAAGCAGCCACCUCCUUACUUGGUACACGGUGCCAAAAUUGUCAAUGGAGCAUUCAGAUCGUGGACUAAAAAACAGGCUCUUUUAGAACAUGAGGACGAGCUUCCAGAAAACAUGAAGCCAGCACAGCUCAUUAAAGACCUUGCCAAAGAGAUUCGGAUUUCAGAGAAUGCGACAAAAGCCAUAAAAAGUGAACCCAGCAACUCAAAGCCCCCAGCAGAGGAACCUCCGUCUGCUCUGUCAGAACCAGAAGAGCCCAUGUCCCCUGCUCACGUCUCUAGCCCUUCAGGAGAUAAGCCAGCAAGGAAGAAAGUCCCAAAGCCACCCAAAAUGCCCAAGGCUCCAAAACCACCGAAGGAACCCAAAGUAAAAGAGGGAGGCAAAAAGAAAGCCAAGAAAGUGAAGGAAGGUGUUAUACCUGAGAAAAAGCCCUCGAGUCUGGCAGCUCUUGAAUCCCAUGCAAAGGACAUCCUGAACAAGAUGGACCAGCCCAAAAAACUGUUAAAAACCGGGACGAGUAUCAUGGAGAAAGAGACGAAUAAACCGAAUGACGUCAAGAAGUUUGAGAUGAUCCGAGAGCACAAUAAGAACAAGACGGAGUCCAAAUGGAAAUAUAAGAACAGCAAACCCGAUUCCUUAUUGAAAAUGGAAGAAGAGCACAAAUUCGACAAGAGUCUACUCAGCCAUAAAGACAACAAAUUUGCAUUUUCGUUAUCGAAUAAGAAGUUGCUGGGCUCAAAGAUGCUGAAGACCCAGACCAAUUCCAGCGUUUUUGGCUCGAUACAGAACAUUAAAGAAGAAAAGCCCAAGCCUGUGAGAGACGAGUACGAGUACGUCUCUGAUGAAGGAGAGCUUAAGAUUGAGGAAUUCCCAAUCAGGAGGAAAAAGAAUGCAGUCAAGAGAGAGUUUUCCUUUUUAUCAAACAUCAAAGAGCCCAUUCAGCCAUCGAAAAAGCCAAAGCUACCGCCGUCGGACAUGAAGAGUCCAGAUACAUCGGAUGAGGAAUCGCUCCACAUAGACACCGAGGCCAAGACAGACGUCAAAGGGCGCAACUCAAAGGUCUCGAAAAAGAAAGGUGGCAGUUCAGCUGGGAUCCUGGAUCUCCUGCAGGCCAGCAAACAAGUGGGCGGCAUUGACUACAGUAACAACAGUCAGCCACCUGCAUCCCCCAGCACACAGGAGGCCAUCCAGGGCAUGUUGUCCAUGGCUAACCUGCAGUCAUCAGACUCUUGCCUGCAACCCUUCUGGAGCAAUAGCCAAGCUAAGAACAACUCGCACAGCAGCGCAGCCAGCAAGAAGCCGAGCGGUGCAGCCGGAGCAGGAGGAAACAGCAAACGACCUGCCAAACGCUUGCCCAAAAAGACCCAAAAGAGCAGCAGCGUGGACAGUUCGGACAUGUUCGAUGAUGACCAGGACCAUCUGGAAGCUUGCUUUAAGGACUCGGAUUAUGUUUAUCCGUCUCUGGAAUCAGAGGAGGACAACCCCAUUUUCAAAUCGAGAUCGAAAAAAAGGAAAAAUACAGACGACACUCCGUACAGUCCAACAGCUCGAGUUGGGCCCACUGUGCCACGGCAGGAGAGACCAGCUCGGGAAGGUGCACGUGUGGCAUCUAUAGAGACAGGACUGGCAGCCGCGGCCGCUAAAUUGUCGCAUCAGGAGGAGCAGAAGAUCAAGAAGAAGAAAAAGAGCGCCAAAAAGAAGCCCAUAGUUGCAGAGGAGUCUCACAAACUCUCUCAUGACAGCAGCUCUCCAGAACCCACUCCAGACUCCGAGAGCAACAUGGCCGAUCACGAGUACAGCACUGGAACGGGCAAAAGUGCCGGCGGCUCGCAACCCAUGGCUCCCGGAGUCUUCCUCAGCCACAGACGGCCUUCAUCAUCAUCGUCAUCUCAGAACGCUUCAUCAGUUCCGCCAGCAAAAGUCGAACGAGGGAACUCGACGGAUUCCAAAGCCAAGAGGCUAAAGAAAGGAAUGGCCACCGCCAAACAGAGACUUGGAAAAAUCUUAAAGAUUCACCGUAAUGGCAAACUCCUGCUGUAACACGGACAAUGAGGGCGACUCAGACUUUCUCCUGAUGUUUAUGGACCCUCGGACUGAUCCCUCCCUCUCUCCCUCCAUGAGACUGAAACGGACGGGAGAACGCGGAGUAAAAAAAAUCAUAACGGAUCCCAUAAGUUUUCAAUUUCUAAGAAGAACAUAGCUCAGAUAGGUUUUUGCCUCUUCUUUUACUUUAUAACUUUCAGAUAUAAAAAAUGUACAGAAUACCUGCUAUUAAUAUUUUGUAAGAAGAUUUUUGUCUUGUUUUACUACGGCUAUCAGUUUUAUCAGGGGUUGCUAAUAUAUUAUGAGAUACAUAGCAGUCAUUCCAAGAUAAAGAAAGUAUCCCCUGCAUGUAUUCCAGUUGCAUGCAUUAUAAUUUCGAGGGGGGAGGAGUUUGCUGGAAGGUUGCACACGAAAAGUUCAUUACUGCUAUUUGGAUGUGGCUUAUCAUUGAUUUUUUUAACAAGUAUUUCUAAAGAUAUGAUGAUUUUCAAUAUCUUCCCGGGUGAUUUUGAUUUAGAUUUUUACUCUUUUAAGUUUCCUUAAACAAAAAAGAUGAACAGACAACACAAAAAACACGGACGACUAACUAAAAAGAGUACUUUUCUGUUUGCUAGCACUAUCACAGAUGAUAUUUAUUGACUUAAUAUAAUUUUUCAUGUCAUAGGUAGAUUGAAAAAGCCAGAAGGCACUUACAAAACAUCAGUGAAGCACAAAUAGGAAUUAGUAAAACAGCUUUAUGUUGUUAUUAUUAUUUUAUUUACUAACAUAGGAAAAGAAAUAUGAUUUUGUGAUGAAAAAAGCGUCGAUUUUUAUAUAUUGACGGAUCAUUAAACUCGCAUAUCGAUAUCAUACCAUAUUUCCAGUAAGUUUCCUGCCUGAAAUAUAAUUUCAGCCAUACAAAAGUUACAUUUUAUUUAUAUUUAUAUUAUAUAUCUAUAUUUUUUAGACAUUGAUCCUACAAUCAAUCGCAUGUCAUCCUGUUUUUCGCAUUAUGCUAUUGUUUGACAAUGUAGCUCUUAUUACAGUUCCACACGAAACACUCGGCCAAAACAAAAACAGUCAAGGAAACACUACAUCAAUGGGCUCUGCAGCACUGAUGAUAAGCCUCAUCCAGGACAUUUCACUACAUGGGGAUACUUUCUGUCUUCUGUUUGUUUCACAGGCAGCACCAGUUACCCUAGAAUGAAAUAUGCAUUUAUAUUGCUUCACAGUACAGUAUGUAGAAUGUAGCCUGUAUAUAGCUUUUUAAAUGACUACUUUUUGUAUCCUUUUUUCCUCCUUAAUACUUCAUUAUACAUUUUUACUAGUUUUUGCUAAAUACAGACGGAAAAAUAUAUAUAAAGAUAUAGAAAUAGUCAUUACGUUUAAAAAUAAAAUGUUUUCGUUUGACACACAAUACCAGAUUUGAUUUAAUCCUUUCUUUUUUACCAUCGUUUUGUUUCAUUCUGUUACAUUAGACAAAAGGUGUUGCCUGGAGAACAAAAUAAACAGUGUAACAUUUAUUCUCAUAUGGCCUUACAUGCAUAAAACCAUGUGUAUUAUGAUUCAUUUAUGAUGGGGAGAAGAGAGAGAGAGAGAGAGAAAAAAUCAACAGUUUCUACGACCAGCCUGACAUUUGAGCUAAAAUACCCCUGAUGGAUUUUAAAGUUAUUUUACUAGCACCUUGUGAAGUGUUUUCUGUGUCAGUGAUGUAAUUUAUUAAUGUUUGUAGCCUUUUAUACUUGUAUAAUUCUUAAGAGGUUUUCUUUGAAAUAUUUUAUCAGUCUGUGAGCCCCUUAGGACACUUCUAUCAUUAACAUUGGGCAAUAGUUCCUUUUUUGUCUUAGCAAAACCAUUUGUCUUUAUCGUUUUCAUCAAAUCAAGUGCAACUGCUCAUCAAUACGAAAUGUUACAUCGUUAUUAUUAUUAAGCAGCUAUUUUAAAGAUCCAUUCUAUCAUGCCAUGAGUUUUAUUUUUGGUAAUAGAGUAUGUACAUUCUUAACCAGGUUUACUGUGCUCAUAAAUUGCAGUGUUUUAGUUACCAAUGUAAAUCUUGUAUCCACCUUUCCCAAUCGAAACACUCAGAAUCUUUGUCAAUGGAACUAUUUCAGGUUUUUAUUUGUACAAAAUGUGUGUUGCUUUGUUGUGGUUUAUUUUUAUAUGUUCAAACAAUUAAAUGCAUCCACUGCUUCAUGGCAGUGAAUGAUA